UUCAUGGUUAUUUCUUAUUUACAUAUAUUUAGAAUUCAUUAGUUCAAAAGGUUAAUGAGACACAGACAGACAAUGUGUGAUAAAAACGUUUUAUUUAGAACUGCUCCAGUCUGGUCAGGUGACCUACUUAGUUUGCUACGCAGCGUAAGCUGGUGUGGGCGGAGAGAUGAAGCCAGCUCAGCAUAGAAGUGAGACAGUUUUUGACCGUGCGACCUGACUCUUAUGUACAACUUUCUGUUAUUAAAGUUGUAAACUACAAGUUGUUGUCCUGUCGUUCGCGUUCAAGACUCAUCGUUACUCUGGCUUCAAGGUGUUUUGUUUUUAGAAGAUGUUUUUUGAGAAUACACCUAUAACAGAUCUGGUGUCACUUUCAUUUUGACCGAUCCAUUUUAUAAAGCAGACAUUAAACCCUCAGCAGAGACAAAGGGAGAUCACAUCUGGACACAUAUCGAAAACAAGGGCCUGACUUUUUCAGUCGCCAUAAGCAGGUGGAUUUCAGCCCUGGCUGGUAACAGAAAGACCCCAAACCACUUUGUGUUACAGAGACAGCUUCCACCUCUGAUCCAACCCUUAAAAGAAGAUAAUGGGGAAUGACAACAGCAGCUCUAGAAGCAACCUCAGCGAAAGGGCUAAGAAAGAUAUUGAAGAGUUUAAAAAAAAAAUUGAUAAAGGUCCAGAUCUUAAAGUCAACAAGAGCGUUGUGAUGUUCAGCAGUCUGACUUCUACAGAAAGUCUGAAACAACACUAUGAAAAGCUGCAAAAGGAGGCCAGAGACUGCACUGAAGACUGCAUUAAGAACCUGGCUGAAAAGCUCGCUGCCUUCAUGUUAGACCCUGAACUGGCAGGGCUUGGAGCUCUGGCUGUGGCUGUCCUCAUCGAAAUCAUUUCAUCCAGUUCACCUAAGGAGAGCGUCAAAGAGGCUCUGCGUUCUGUGUUUGCUGAGGAGAAGGCCUCUAAGGUCUGGAAUCUGAUAAACGAGUGUCUGAAAAGAUACAACAUGUACAUCGCUGACAGAGAAAACCUGUGGAAGGAAAUCAAGGGCAUUGAAAAACAGCUGAGCCAGGCUCUCACCGAUCUGAAAGACUCCAUUGUCGUGAACGGUCAUGUGUCCCAUCAAGCCGUGAAGAUCUGGGUGAACGGGGCAGCCUUCCACAUCCAGAUGCUGAUUCACCUGGAGAGACUUGGAGGGACUCAAAACUGCGACCCCAUAAAGAAUCUCAUCAAGGAAUACAAGGAAGACUUGGAUGCAGUGUUCAAAAAGCAUGAAGAAAUGAUAAAAGGAAAGUGCGACUUCCUUAAUGAUCUGUCAAAGUGCGGUUUCUAUGCACCGCCACAAUUUUGGGAUACAUAUCUACUUGACGAAGAGUCUUGUGGCUAUUUGAUUGGGUGCGGAAGCUCUGACCAAUACAUUCAGGCCUAUUAUGAUGAGAGGUAUGGGAAGCAGAAGAGUGAGAUUAAGAAACACUUCAGUGAGGUAGAAGUAAAUCUGCUAGAGCUGAUUCAUCAAAGAGGCUCUCUAGAUAUCAGGAGAGACCGUGGGAAAGUGCAGAGAAGAUCAAGGGAUUAGCGCAAGAUAAAUCAACAUUUUAGCAACAAAUAAAGUUGAGUUGGUUUGUCAAAGAGGAGCUAAAGAUGUAAGGAGAUGAAGAGACAGAUAAAUCUAAUGAGAAACAAAAAUAUUUGAUAGUUUCAACCAAACUAUGGUUUUAGGAUUGGACUUGACAGUGUGAAUUAAAACUCUUCAUAUGAUUUUAAACUAAAAUGAGAUUUAUUAGCUAUGCCGUUCUGUUAUCUACAUAUCUGAGUUGGUUUUAGCAAUGGAGCUUAACUUGAUUAAGUUACGUAGAUAUGUAGCUUACAUUGCUGCUUUGUAAGCAUAUCUUUGGCAACUUUGGAUACGUUGUUCUGUUAUUUACGUGGCUGAGUUGGCUUUAGGUACAUGUUCUUUAGCAAUGUAGCUUUAGCAACACGAUCUUUAGCCAAUGAAGCUAAAAUGAACUUAAGCUAUUUAGAUAACAUAGGUAGCUAACAUUGCUGCUUUGUGAGCUUAACUUUAGCUUUGUGAGCUAUGUUAGCUAUGUAAUUCUGUUAUCUACGUAGCUUAAGCAACUUGAGAGUUAGCCAACUUAGCCAAGGCUAACUUAGCUAUGUAGAUAAUGUAGAGAUGUAGCUUUUAUUUCUGCUUUGUAAGCUUUGCUUUAGCUUUGUGAGCUGUUAGCUAUGUAGCGUUAGCAAAAUCAUUCUGUUAUUUACAUAGCUUUAGCAACCUGAGCUUUAGCAAAUGUAGCUAAAGCUAGCAUACCAAAGCUAUUUAUGUAUUUGUUGUUAUAUCACAAUUUGUCAAUUUAGCGAAAUUAUCUUUAAAAAUAUGAGCUUAAGCAACUGUAGCCACUGCUGUGACAUACAACUCUUUAGGUAUGUGUUUAAAGUAAAAUUAUAUUUGUGAGCUAUGUUGUUCUCUUAUUUACAUAGCUGAGUUGACUUUAGCAACGUGAGCUUUAGAGAAAGUAGCUUAGCUAUGUGUGUCUUACAUUUCUGCAUUGUAAGCCUAGCUUAGGCUAUGUUAGCUACGCUGUUCUGUUAGCCAAGUGGCUGAUUUGGUUUUACGAACAUGUUCUUUAUCAGUGUGAGUUUUAGCAACAUGAGUUUUAGCAACAUUAUCCGUAGCCACUAUAUCUACAGCUAACUUAGCUAUGUUGACAACGUAGAUGUGUAGCUUAAAAUCACUGCUACUUUGGUACUCUGGCUGGAAUGCACCUUUAUGUAUUUUAUUUACAUUUUCUUUUCAUUGAUGCUGUUUUUAAAUGUGCAUCAUAAUCCGCCAGACCCUGCAUGUGUCACUAAUAAAGGGGCCACAUGAGGGGGGUCAACGUGUCAGUGAGCAUCUCUGUCUACUAUUUAUUAUUGUUUAUGACAUUUUGUGAAUGCAUGUAUGGUCUGGAUAGACAGCAAAAACUGAAUUGCCCCUUUAGGAUGAAUAAAGUUGGCUGAAUGUGAACGUGAAUUUAAUUAAAAAUACACAACAAAAUGGCCUCCUUUCACUCGCAAUUUAAAUAUCAUCAUGUAUAGCUGGAAGAAAAAUACAGAGCAUCAACCUCUUAUAUUUCCCUAACUGCACUCAGACGUUUCUAGAAUUUCUCAGCUAUUGAAGAAGCCUGUUUGAAUUGAAAGAAAUCUUCCUAGACACUUCUGUAAAUGCAGUUAUUGUAAAGAUGUGUUACAAAUAAAUCGAUCAGCCAAAGUCUGAUUCAGACCUG